UUUUCACGCUGGGCAUAGAGAGGAACAGAUGGGAAAAGUCAACUCCAAACAGCUUUGCUGUCUGGCUGCCUCUGGCUGGCUAACUCCAGCUGAGUUACGAGCUGUAAGGUCAGAACACUUUGUGAUGUCCAAAGACACCGUCAGAUUCGACUGACCAGCAAUUUUGACUGUGGGUUUUGCUCAGUCAGUCCAGAUCUGCUGGACAGUGGCCACAGCAGAGAGUCCAAUCUACUGAGGGUCACAUCUGCCAGCCCAGCAUUUCUCUGCCUAUUUGGAGCAUAUUUCAGACAUGUCAUAACUCUCCACACUCUCUGGAUCAUUCUUUCCCCUCCCUUCCCGCAAGGCAGCCCCAGAUGGCAUCAGUGCUAAAAGAGAGGAUGGAGGAACAAGAAAUCUCCUGCCUUUCUCUGCAACCCCCUGAGGAUGGGAAACACCAGCUCUGGGACAGAACUACACUGUUGUGAAAUGACAGCAUUUAACAUGUUAACUGCAAUAGGCUAAGGUGCCAGGAGGUGCCCAAACUGAGCAGAGAUGGCAUUCCUCCCUGCUCCCACCGUGUUCUUAAUCCAAGAGAGCCAGAGAACUGACAAACUCAUUGCAGCAGUGCAGGGAGCUGCUGUGACAAUGACUCUAUGUGGAAGGCUGUGCUGGGGGGCUGCAAGAAACCCCCUUGAUCUCCAGCCCCGCUUGAUUUCUCUGGUCUACCCCUUGGACCCAAGCUGUGCCUCAGCCCUGGGUGGGACUGCCCACUGGGGAGAGAGGGAGAGGAAGAGCCCCAUUUGAAAAGAUAGCGAGGAGGAGGAGGAGGAGAGGCAGCAGGAAACCCAGCCCACCCUUUGGCUUCCUCCUGCCUCCUUCUAAAACCUGCAGACUCCUCCAGCCCGUCCAAGCGCCUGAAGUUCCCUCAGCCCUGCUGCCGGACUGUGAGGGUCUGCUGAAAGAUGAGGGCCUGGAUCUUUUUCCUUCUCUGCCUGGCAGGCAAAGCCCUGGCAGCUCCGCAGGAGGCUUUGCCCGAUGAGACAGAGGUCAUUGAAGAUCCCACCACAGAGGAGCCCGUGGGGGCUAACCCUGUCCAGGUGGAGGUGGGAGAGUUCGAGGAACCCACAGAGGAUGUAGAGGAGAUUGUCGCAGAGAAUCCCUGCCAGAACCACCACUGCAAGCAUGGCAAGGUGUGCGAGGUGGACGACAACAACUCGCCCAUGUGUGUGUGCCAGGACCCCUCCAGCUGCCCAGCCACUGCCGGCGUCUUCGAGAAGGUUUGCGGCACUGACAACAAGACCUACGACUCCUCCUGCCAUUUCUUUGCCACCAAGUGCACCUUGGAGGGAACCAAGAAGGGACACAAGCUGCACCUGGACUACAUUGGGCCUUGCAAAUUCAUCCCCGCCUGCCUGGACACAGAGCUGACCGAGUUCCCCCUGCGCAUGCGGGACUGGCUCAAGAACGUGCUGAUCACCCUGUACGAGCGCGAUGAGGACAACAACCUGCUGACCGAGAAGCAGAAGCUCAAGGUGAAGAAGAUCCAUGAGAACGAGAAGCGCCUGGAGGCUGGUGACCACACCGUGGAGCUGCUGGCCCGUGACUUUGAGAAGAACUACAACAUGUACAUCUUCCCCGUGCACUGGCAGUUCGGGCAGCUGGACCAGCACCCCAUCGAUGGGUACCUGUCUCACACUGAGCUGGCCCCGCUCCGUGCCCCCCUCAUCCCCAUGGAGCACUGCACCACCCGCUUCUUUGAGGCUUGCGACCUGGACAACGACAAGUACAUCGCCCUGGAGGAGUGGGCCAGCUGCUUCGGCAUCAAGGAGCAGGACAUUGACAAAGAUCUUGUGAUCUAAACCCCCAGCUUCCUUCUCUGCUGCCAACUUUGUCUUAUUUUAACCUUCCCACUUCCUUUGGUUUUUAAACCGCUUUUGUUUUGUUUUGUUUUUCCCUGGGAACAAGGUGCUAAUAUAGACCUAAACAUAUGUAGUAAUGGUGCUAAGAGAAAUAACAGUCCUCGUUCAUAGCCUAAUCUAUUACCACUAGAUUACUCACUCGGCUGUUUCCACAAGCUUCCACCAGCUCUUUCUCUCUCCAACGUGUCUUUACCAUUGACUGACCCUGUUCCUGUCCUAAAUAUCCUGUCUCCGCUCUCAGAUCGACUUCUCUUAACAUCUUACUAACAGCACAUUCUUUGACACAUCUGCAUAGACACAAAGACCUCUCAGCUGAUUCACCACCCGAUAUCGACCACCAGCAAGGGAAGGCAGAGCAGAGGAUGUAGAAGGAUUGGGCUUUUCGAGGAGAGUGGCUGUGGGUGACACUGUGGUCACGCAGCUCGUGGUAGGGGGGAUGGAGAGGGAUGAGAAAGAUACAGAUUGGUAGGAUUUUGUUUUCCCCCUUUUUUCCUCCCAUUCCCAGGGCUUGAAUUGAACAAUCAUUGGGCACAAAAAGAAGGGCUAAUCAACCAAAUGGACAGGAAAGCGCACAAAAAUUAAAACCAAUAAGAUGAAAUGCAUCCCAUCCUGUAAAAUCCCCUCCACAAAUAAAGGUUUGAAAGUGCUAUGUGCUUUACCAUUACUCGGUGACCGUACUGCUGUUGUGUUUUCUGUGCUGCAAAGGGCAAGCGGGUAUAGCUGCCUGUUCCUCUGGGUGUGUGGGGCUGACCUUGCUGUUGUGAUUCUGCUGUCACUGAGAUAAAGCUCUUGGCUCUCCCCAAAUCACAGUGCCCCCGAUCACUUCCCUCCUCUGCCUUGGUUGUGCUUAAAUUCCAGCCCUGCUAUCCCAGGGAAGCUGUGUCAGUCUUGGAAGGGACAUUUCUGCAUAGAGAGAGGUGUGCUUGCCACGUGCUCGAGGGAAAGGCUGUGAUAUAUUUUUUCUGUUGUAGAUUUUGGGGUUUAAGGGAUGGGUGGGAGGAAAGUGAGAAGGUAUUAAGGUAUUUGGAUUUUGCUUUAUAGAGAGUGUCCUGACAGGAGCGAAGGGAUGGUUACGUCUCGCAGGCUGAGAACUCCUUUUUUACCUCUGAAUGUUCCCUGUGCCUUAUAUUAUUAAAUUCCUGCCACAGUGUGAGCAACCUGAUGAGCCUCUGUAAUAAAAAAUACUGAUUUGAAACACUGACAAUAAAUGAGCUUGCAAUGUU